UCAUUAAUUAAUUAAUUUCCCUCGCUCUUUAAAAUUCAAAAAAACAUCUGAACUCAUCACGUUUCUUACACUGCUCUCUCAUUUCACAGCUUUAACUCUGAAAUUCGAAAGAAGAAGAAGAAGAAGAAGAAGAUCCAUGAUAUGCUGGUGUUUGGUUUGGUGAAGCGAGGGUUAGGGUUCUUGUUAAGGUUCAUGGCUUAGGCUCAACAGAGCAGUGGGUUGCUUCUUCGCGUGUUUCAGGAACAACGAUAACCAUCGUUGCCGCACUCAUCUGACCGCCAACUCUUCUAGUUCCACCGAUGUUCUGGUUUCUCGAAACAGCUAUUCCUCUGUGUUUCAAGCUCAAGGCCAAGUUUCUUAAAGCCUGCGGUACUUUACCAGGGACACCUGUUGAAAUUCGGAAAACAUCUGAGAAACUGAAAGUGUCACCCUCUCCCGAUAAACAUUCUGAGCCAUCAAGGUUUCAUUCUUGGCUUCCGAAUGAGUCUGUUGAGAAACUUCAACUGGAUUUUCGUUCAGUUAACCCCCCAACACCCUUAAAAAUUUGCCAAGAAUUGGGAGAUAGUUCAGACUCUUUUGAGCACACACCAGACAGAUGUUUAUCUGAGCCUUCAAGGUUUGAUUCUUGGCUUCCCAACGAGUCUGUUGAGAAACUUCAACUGGAUUUUCAUUCUAUUAAGCCCCUAACACCCAUAAAAAUUUGCCAAGAAUUGGGAGACAGCAGAGACUCUUUUGAGCACACACCAAACAGAUGUUUAUCUGAUGCACGAGAUAGUCACCAUGAAUCUCUUGAACAUAUGGAAGGAAAUAAGACAUGGAGCCUUCAUACUGCAGAUAGGGCUGAAAAUAAUCCAGCUCCAGAUUCACCCACAGACACACAGAGGAAGUGCAAAUCAGUCCGGUUUAAGUGUGAUACGGGCUUAUCAUCCUGUGGAAGUUCAUCUGAUGAUAGUCGUUUGAAGAAAAGCUGGUCACCAAAUAACCAAAAUGCGAAUAAGCGAUCACCUUAUCCUACCCCAUUGAAGUUAUUUGAUGAGAUGCAAACCCCAGGAACGGUUUGUCCUGCAACACUGGAAGAGUUACCUAAUGGCAGGGCUCGUGUUCGGUCCCAGUUUGUCUACCCCACUCACAAACCAGAUGAGAAUGUCUUCCAGCGUAAAAUACUUGAGGAGAAAGAUUUAAACUCUGAACAAGAUUCAAGUGAGUUGAGAGAUUCUGCCGAGCAAGCUCAAAUUGCUACUCCUACCACGCAAAAAGGUUCAAACCAAGUUUUGAAGGAAAAUGAAUCUAAAGCAGAAGUAAGCUUGUCUAAUUGGUUAAGGCCUGCCCCAAUUGAUCAGGAGAAGGGAAACAAGAGAGUGGAGUCUGCUUCUAGCCAGAUCCCGCAUUUUCGGAAAACUUCUGCUGACAGGCCUAUCCUUGGUGUGGCUGCAGCUCACUUUGAAAACGAGGAUUCGAAUAUUUGUCCUCCGAAGUGGUGGGAUGGAAAUGGCAUACCAAAUUCAACCACUAAAUACAAAGAGAAAGUGAAGUGGCAUGCAACACCAUUUGAAAAGAGAUUGGAGAAGGCAUUGACGGAGGAGACUUUUAUCCCUCAAAGGAAGUUUGUUCCUGGAAAGCCAAUGGAUUUUGAUGAUAUUGAAGAGAGUGAUACCGCAUUAUCCCAGCUGCGAUCUUCGACUAAUCCAGAGUCAGUGGAGUCAUUUUGAUUUGUCCACUCAUUGUAUGGGGUGUUACAUACAUCGGAAAUAUUUCAAAUUUAUGGAGACUAAAUCUCAGUACACAUUCAAUCUACUGAUUGGAUUACAACAAUUUUAGAGCGCAACUGCGCAAGUGUAUUAUGUGUAUGGAGAAAACUCCAUUUACUAGUAAAAAAGUUGAACUGAGAUUUGAAUAAGUAUGGUAGAAAGCUAAUGUUUGAUGAAAUUUUUGGCAAUGUUUCUUAUGAAAAUUAAACUGAGGCCAAAUGAACGAUUCAUCUUCUCUGGAA